AUGCAGUCUCGCUGCUCUGCGUCUUGGCUGGGGGUGUUUGGGCGAGGGAAGAGUCUUCUUAUUGACAAGAUACACAGAUUUUCUGGCUCUGCUGCAACUGGAAUAAACAAACACCAGCAGUUUAUAUGCCAGUCUGUACUGAACUCCUGCAGGAGCACCUGCCGCGUGUCUUUCCUUUCCAAGUCCAAUGGUCUAGUUUUUUAUUCUGUGCCCUACAGGAGCCUGAGUGCCAUGGAAGCAGAUCCAGUUCAGCAGCACCGGCAGCGCUUAUAUGAGUGGUUUAGUUGUCUACCAAGUGAGGAACGACACUUUGGGCCUUCUUUUGAUCUGGAUUCUAUCCAUGUGGAUCCAGUUAUUCGUGAAAGCUCCAUAGAAGACAUCAUGCGUCCCUUGUCUGAAUCAUCUUUCCAGACUCAGCUGCAUACCCCGCAGUGUCCUCGCAGUAUGUCUGUAUCUCAGAUGUUCCAAGUCGAUUCAUCUGGAAAAGAUGUACGAAGUGUUAUUCUGUAUGGCACAGUUGGCACUGGGAAAAGCACCCUCAUUCGAAAACUUGUCCUGGAUUGGUGCCAUGAGCGCACGACUGAUUUCCAGCUGAUCAUUCCGCUCUCCUGUGAAGAUCUGUCCCAGGUCACUGCCCCAGUGUCACUGACACGGCUAAUCACCAGGAAAUAUCUUCAUCUUCGAGAUCUGCUACCCACUUUGUCAAAUAAUUCCAAUAUACUCUUUAUUCUCAAUAGCCUAGAGUGGAUGAAUGUAGAUUUCAGGAUGGCAAACACUGAGUUGUGUAGUGAUCCAAAUGAAGCCAUGUCUCCUCCAGCUAUCCUUGUGAACCUUCUGAGGGGAUACAUGCUUCCUCAGGCAAGAGUCCUGGUCACCACUCGUCCUUCUGCCCUUAAGAGAAUCCCAAGGAAGUAUGUGGGACGGUAUGUAGAGAUUUGUGGCUUUUCUGACACGGAGCUACAGAAGAUGUACUUCCAAGUGCGCCUGGGCCAUAAAGAUGCAGAUCCUCGAGAAACAGAAAAUCUGGCAGAGAUGUUAAGUCGCAAUUUAGAACAUCAUAGCCAGUUGUCUGCAGCAUGUUUCUUGCCCUCAUACUGCUGGCUAACCUGUGCAACAUUACAUUUGCUGUACUAUUCCAAACCAGGUGAUCCCCCUAUGACAUUGACUGGAAUUUAUACAAUCUUCCUGAGACUUAAUUUUGCUGGAGAAGUGCUGGAUAUAACACAUCCCUCUAAG